AUGUCUUGGAUUUUGCACCCAGAGCGCCCGACGGAGCUGCCACCUUCGCGCAAUGGCCAGACUGUACCAACUAGCCCGGGAACAGAGGUACCUGCGUCUCCAUGGGGAGAGUUUCCAAAUGACGACAAGUAUCCCAAGGUCCCAGAUCCUGUGGAACGCGAUAGACUCGUAUUAACAAAGCAGGCGAACCGACCAUUCCUCGGACUUUCACAAUACUGCAAGCAGCAGGAAAAUGAGCAUGAAGAGUGGGUCAAGCGCAAGAAGGGGCGCGAGGUGAAGAUUGUGCGAGGUGAACCUGUAGGGCCGGAGGAGCCUGACCUCGCGGAGGAACCUGAGGUCGGCUGCCUCGGCCUCAUUAAAUUUCGCCUCUACACCGCUAUAGUCGUCCUUCUGACUGGCAAGUUCAUUACCGGAAAUUACUUGCGGGAGCUGGAGCCCCCGAACUGGCGGAAACUUAUUCCGGUGAGCAUUUCCGGUCCAACUACGUACUCAUAA